AUGAUGAAGCCAGCUCGCGCUCGGAAUGCGUGUAUGAGAUGUCGCAGGCAAAAGUUGAAGGUUUGCUACCCCCCUGGACACAGCCGCGGUCUCAUACUAACAGCAUGUGAGUGCGACAAUAUACGGCCCUGCCAGCUGUGCUCUCGAGCUGGGGUAGACUGCCAAAGUGUUGCUAGUAAAAGGCAAAUGAGGCAGCCCAACUUGAGACCACUGCGACGGAGAGAUAUCAGCGGUCUGAGCACCGCUGGUGAACCGGCACCACCAUGCCCUACCGCCACUAGUGCUAUCGAAAGUACUCCUAUACAUGAAGCUGUACCCCUUAUAAACCCACUUGCGGAAGAUCGGGGUCCUUCCACCUUCCACCUAGUUGAACAGUCAGAUGCUAUUCCGGAUGGCCACCCAGCUAGCAAGAAUCCCGCCCAGGACACAGUUAAGAUACCAGUCAAAGAUCUGGUUGGAGUUCAGCUGCCCUCAGACCCAGUCGCUACAAUACUCAUCGACGCAUAUCUGGAGGCAAACCAUUGGUACCUCGCACUCUUCCAUGUGCAAACUUUUCGAGCUCGUGCAAUGCCUAUGAUACAAAUGGGUGCUGCCGCAGUGUCUGAAAAGCCCUUCUUAUUAUUACUGCUGGUAGUUCUGAUGAUCGGGACCCGAUUCGUCCAGCCAGAAAUUAUUACAACACACGAUCCUGUAUUCAAUAUUGAGUCCUAUCGUAACCAAGUACUCAAUGCUGUCGAGCAGCAUUUAUUCUCGUCGUUACACGAGGCAGACCUCGAAUCUAUUGGAUGUGCCCUCUUAAUGUCCAUUGCAUACCUUCUAGAGGGAAAGACGAAGUUGGCAUUUGUACUAUCUGGCAUGGGACUUCGCAUCGCCCACGCCAUCGGGCUACAUGACGAAAGGACUUGGGAUCCACUAGAGAACGUCGAGUUACAGGUUCGACGGAGGGUAUGGUGGGCAAUAUAUAUGGCCGAUGGGUACGCUGCACAGGCGUACGGCAAACCGCCAAUCCAGGCCGGGGGACGGUUCCGCGUUUUAGAACCUCAGGACCUGGACGAUAUAACAACCUGUCCUGGCAUUACCUCGUACGAGGUGCGAGAAGACGGUUCCCUGAGACCCGUCAGCUCAUUCUCAUACAACCGAUAUAAAGCCCAACUGUACUCGAUAAUGUCCGCUGUAAUGCCUGGCAUGCGAUUGAAAGAAAUCAAAGACGUAUACAGCCGCCUCUCGGCUUGGGAAGCAAUGAUUCCUCCCGAAUUACGGCUAGAUACUCACAGAAAUUACGAAGGCGAGAUGCAAGACAAAGGGCCACGCGUAUUUACACUGCAGGCACUGACUCUCCAGCUCGCCUUUGACCAUAAUAUGUUAUUACUACUCCGCCCAUUUCUGGUCAGCAAACGGCACUUGAGCAUCCAGGUAUUCUCUCAGUCCGAACCCAAUAGCAGCGAGAGUCCCGUUACGGUCCGAGACCAAAUGAUAACAUCGGCCAUCCGAAUAUCCAGUAUUCACCAACAUCGAGGGAUUAUACGUCUGGUUUCCAAUACAACGGCUGCUGCGCAGGUGUGCUUCCAGUGCUUCACCGCUGGUGUCAUUCUGGCAAUGCUCGCACUAUCCGAUAUCUCUUCACCUCAAGUACCGAAGUUCAAGCAAGCCCUCGCUCGUUUGAUCAAUAUAUUGUCCCUAGCAGGAUCGGGGACGCUACUCAGUAAACAAAGCGUGGAGAUUCUAACGGACACAAUGCAUAUUAUUUCGUCGCAAGAGGUCAGCGCGCUGAUCGAUCAUGUGGCGGGUGAUUCCGAGGCAGAACACCCACUAUUGGGUAAUCGGGAGGCUGAGCGCGCUUUGGGUGACGUCCAGGCCCCUGAAGUCUCGUCUGAUGUUGCGGUAGAUGACGAAGAGAUUUGGGGGGAGCUGGGGAGACCACUCGAUUUGGAUGGAUUUGAUAUCUCUAGCUCGACGUCGCUCUACCAGCAGCUUGCUCUUUUUCUCUGA